UUUCAUUGAUACUGUCCCAAAGUUACCUAUUCCAACCUCGAACAGAUUUUGAAACGUCAAGUUCUACAGAAAAUUUCUAGUGAUUAAACUACUUUUUCAUUACGUCAUUAUCAAUUAAUAGUAUAACGGAGCAUAAAUAUUUCCAAUUCCGACGAAAAAAUGAAGUGGUUCGAAGGUAGCAUUAAUGAAGCUGUGGCAACAUCAAAAGCUAGAAAAGCAAUUUUCGUCGUUUUUGUUGAAGGAAAAGAUGACACAUCUGUAGAAGUUGCUGAAGCACUCAAUGAUUCAGAAGUUUCUUGUCGUUUGGAACAUGAAAAUUUUGUAGCAAUUAAGUUGGAAAGUGGGUCUGAGACCUAUAGGUUUUUUGCCCAGAUUUAUCAAUUGGUACCUGUGCCAUCUAUCUUCUUUAUUGGUAUAAAUGGCACACCUUUAGAAAUUGUUGCUGGUACAAUAACAGCCAAAGAUUUGUUAACAAAAAUUGAUUUGGUUUUAACAAAAACAGGAAAAAACAAGAAUUCUGAAUCUAUCAAUUUAAUAGAUGCAGAGAAAAAUGCCGCUGCUAGUACCAGCACUAUUGACACUUCUAGUACAAAUUCCAAUACUACUGUAAACCUUGAAAGUGAUAGCACAAUAAAAUCAAAUACAGAUAUAUCUUUGGAACCAACAAAAUUAGAAAAUGAGAUUAAUAAUGUAACAACAGAAAAUGUGAAAGUUGAACCACCUACUGUUAAUAAACCAGUUGAUCCCCCAACCCCAAGUACUGAAACACAAGAAACAAGUACCAAAGAAUUGACAAAAGAAGAACAGUUGGAAAGAGCACGGCAGUUGAUAGAAAUGCAACGUAAGCAACGUGUUGAGGAUGAAGAAAAGAAAGCAAGGGAAAGAGAAAUAGAACGCCGUAAGGUUGGACGUGACCUUCAAAAGAUGAGACAGAAACAACAGGAUCUAGAAAUGAAACAGGCUCAUGAACAGAGACUGAAAGAGAAAGCUGCUGAUGCAGCAGCUAGGGAGAAAGUUAGACAACAAAUUGCUCAGGAUAAAUUAGAAAGAAAGCAAAAGGAACUAGCUAUGCAGCAACAGAUGCAGAAACAACAAGGCCAAGAGCCACCUAAACCAGCAAUGCCUGUUGCAAGCGAUGCAACUGUGACUAGAAUUCAAUUCAGAUUGCCAUCUGGUAAUCCUCAUAUGGGACAAUUCGAACCGUCGAGUACUUUACGCGAAUUACGUAAUUAUGUUGUCCAAAACAUUGAUUUACCUUUCCGACAAUUCGCGAUGUCUAUCUCAUUCCCGAGAAGGGACUUAACACCCGAAGAAGAUGACAAAACUCUAUUGGAACUGGAACUGGUUCCAACCGCUGUAAUAUUAAUUCUACCAUUGAAAAAUUCUAACGUGACAACGACCGUAACGUCGACACAAAACGCUGGGUUCAUAUCACGAUUUGUGUGGACCUUCUUUGCACCUAUACUAGGUGUUUACAACUUCUUGAUGGGUUACUUCUUAGGAGGUACGCAACAAAACGCUCGGAGACUAGAAAACAACCCCGUUGAGAACAACGACUCUGCGAAUAGUUCCGACGAAACGUUUAUACCGAACCUUCAAAAUGUUACCAAUUCAUCUGGUUUGGUCAGAAGAUAUUUGGGUGAUCAAGGGGGGACAACCAUCAAAACGGAGGGGAAUAUACAUAGACUUCAUUCAGGUGGGGAUGAUAAUGAUGAAAAUAACACAUGGAAUGGUAAUUCGACGCAGCAAAUGUAGCUUGUCAUCGAUUAAUCAAGUUCCAAUGGGUUAAGUUGGUUCACUAACUAGAAUAUUCAACAGGUUUAAUUAAAAAGUAUAUAUUUUGUUAAUAUUUUACACCUUCCCGGUUAAUUGCACUGUAAUCGAACGUUUGCGUUUCACGGUACUUUUGGAAAAUACUUGGUGCUCCAUACAUCGGUAUCACUUUAUCAAAACAGUAAUAUAUUUUAAUCACGAGUGAUACACGGACCAAACGCAGUUCAACUGCGUUAAUAACAGUUACACAAACAACACAUAAAAUAAUACAUAUAUCCUUAUAACGAUAGUACGAGCGUCAAAAUAAUCUGACGAAUUUUAAUUUAUGUCUAAAGAUUUCCUUGAAACAAAUUGUAUUAAUACUGUACUCUAAUCAACGCAGCUAUUCCUUUUCGAACAGUAACACGGAUUCGUAUUGCUAUGCAUAUGAUUGGACUGUGAAUUUUAUGCACUUAUAACAUUCUCGAUGUUUCAAAGGAACAAGAAAAUCCUCCUAAUAAAACUCCCAAUGGGUAAAGGAAUUUCCGUUGGAUUCUGCACUCGACAAAUGAAUCCAUGUUAUAUCUGCAUAAAGAUUCGCCAUCCACAUAUUACAUUUUACUGUGUAAUGAAAGGCAAGAUGCACUUAUCAGAUGGCCUUUAUUCUGUUAAUAUAUAAAUAAAGAUAUACAAAACGGUAAAACAUA